UUUGUUAAUCCGCCAAUAUUCAAAUAGCAAAGCAUCAGAAAACAACGAACAUAGUGAAAAUGUAUUGCGGCAAAGACUGCAGCUGUAGCUUAUGUCGUGAGCUGCGCAACUACAAGCCCGCCAAACCAACCAAACGACCCGCCCCACGCCCGCCCACUUCGCUCUUCGGCCGCUUCAAUGAGAAUUUCAUACUGCGCCGUCGCAGCACAGCCAACUCCUUCAAAACUUUUCAGCCGCAAUCGCUGAAAUGCAGCGAAAUGUAUCAGCAACGCGUCGCCGAAACAACGCCGAAUGUCUACUCUGAGCAGCCGUCACAGCCUGCCACUCAAGUGCAACAACAACCGCAACAGGACACAGGGAUGCCCGACAGCCGCCAAUCGAUGGAGCCGGUGUUGCCACGCACCGCCAAACCAGAAGCACCGCCGAAACCAAAUCACAAGGUGGUCAUCUAUUUUGGAGACUCGAUUGCGAAUCGUGGUAAACACAAUAUUGGCGAGACGGCGAAGGAUAUCGUGCAAGCGGCUCAAUUAUUGGAUGACACAACGAGCAACUUAACGGUUACCAAAGGGCGCGCUGCCGAGUGCAUAGCCUCCGUCGCCGAUAGGGGUGAUAAUGAGCUGCCCUCCUACAUCGAGAGCAUAGAGAAUGGUGUGAUCAACAUAAAAAUCGAAGGCAAUUAUCAGCGUGCUAGCGCUUUGGUGGAGACGGUAGCAAAGCCGACGCGCGCCACAGUCUACGAAGUGAGCGAGCAGCUGGGUGGCGGCGUCGAAGAUAGCGUUAGCCAGCAGUCUUGUGACUCGUGCGAUUGGAGUUUUGUGCAGGAGUGGCGCGCACGACCAACUGGUAACUUGCGUGGCGACUUGCCCGUAGUCUUCAGUCCGCAACCAACGAACUCCCAAUUACACUGCCCCGUCGGCUCACCAACCGUAACGGCUUUUCCAAACCAAAACCAAGUGAGCGCUGUACCGACAUCGCCCUCUACCGGCACCACAAUGACCGCCAACUCAGCGCCGCUCAAUGCACCGAAUGGUGUGAGUUCCUCUACUGGGCGCAUUCAGAGCCCUGCGGUGGCUACGCCAGCGCCCCGCAUAUCCAAAGAGGUGGCGCAGCGCUUGAAUGGUGGUGUUGGUGGCGCUGGUGGCAUGGCCACUAUGAUGGUUGGUUCUCCGACAGGGCACAGUAUCGUGCCCAACACUACGAUCAAUAUAAGAAAUAUCGGCAGUCCGCCUCAAGCGCCUAAUAAGCCACCGCCCCACCGCGCCAUGGCAGCGCCCGCGCGGCUCACAGUGCAAAGCACGCCGGUCAAAUCGCAGCCGCCUAUGCUAAGUGGCAACUUGUCGCCUCAGCAACCGCAGCCACAACAGCCAGUGGCAUCACAGCAGAAGUCUGGCGCCAACGAUAAACGUCCCCUACCGCUGUCCUUGGACUUGAGUAAUUGCAGCAUUGGCAUACCUACUGCGGAGUCGACGCCUGCGAAUGUGACACCUAGCGGCGGUGGCUACCAACUUAAUACGCAUGCAAAGUCAAGUGCGACCAGCACCCGCACACAUCAUCAUGAAUUUCGUGCGCUACAACGCGUCCAGGAGUGUCACAGUUCGUCGGAUGAAAAUCGCUCAUCUGGUCAUGCCAGCAUGUCGGAUACUGGCGGUCAUGGUAGUUCCUCUCCCGGCGGUGGCGUGACACUUGGUCCGUUGCCGGAAGAUCGACUCGCUGCUGGCGUUACCAACCGCAGCACUCGUUCACGCACAAGCACCAAUCAUUCGCGCGCUCGCCAUCGUGCCACACCAGCUAAUAAGGCGCCUUGGAGCGGUAGUGGCCUAGAGGAUAUCAAAUUGGCCAUACAACAACUGACCAUGCGUUCACAGACGAGCACUAGCACGUACAGCAGUCUUAGCGCGGGUUCUGAGAGUUCAGAACCCGCACGUCGCUUGGGUCGCUACUCUUCACUGGAGACGGUUAAUACAAAUGUUACUAGUGCUGACGAGUUUGUGUGGGUGGACUCACAUAAUCGGCUUGUGGAGUUGCAGCAUCCGCCUUGGAGUCAACACUGCAUUAUGCGCGUCAUACGAAAUGGUCGCUGCAAAGAGCAAGCGGAGCGCGUCUCGGUAGAAACAAUACCGCGGCUUGGGUACUUGCUGCAACGGGCGUUGGUGCGUAUUGCACGGGAAGUUCAACGUCUAUCCGCCAGCCUGGGUCUGUGCUCAAAGCAGGAGGUGGCAGCAGCUUAUAAAAUUGUGUUGUGCCCGGCUUUGGCUGAUUCUUGUAUCAAAGCCUGCUUGCGCGCCGCAGCUAUGUUUGCGGUGACGGGUGACAGCGCGCUAAAACAGAGCAAAUCGGCGCGUGCCGGUCUUCAAUUACCAGUGGGGCGCUUUCAUCGCUGGAUGGCCGAUGCCCGUCUGGGCAAAUUCAUACACGAGUAUGCGGCGGUGUAUCUCUGCGCUGGCAUGGAAAAUCUGCUUGAAGAACUGCUGCUACAAAGUUUUCCCUUAGAUCCAGCCAAUCAACUCACGACAGCUAUCCUGGAUCAGUCCAUUGCACACUCCGGAGAUCUGUGGGGUCUCUUGCAACCGUUUGCACAUUUGAAUGCCGGGCGCAUCGCUUCCGGUGCACUUACUAUGCCGCGCUGGGCCAGUCUAUCGUCACUUGGUUCGGGCACCCAGAAGAGUGGCAGUUCUGGUGGAAAUAGCAACGUCUCUUUGGAGCCCUGUCUGCUAACGACCUGCGUUGGCAGUAUAAGCGAGCUAAAGGAUUUGACGCUGCGCGCUCAACAGAAAUUUCAACACACCGCAAUCUCCAACGCUGCGCUCUCGACGCUCUUCUACUUUAUGCGCUGCUCGCAGUUGGAGCAUAGUGAUCUGAGUGGUGCGCCAUCCAGCGUCGGCGGUAGUGCUGCUGGGAGUAGCCAAAAUGUGCAGGAGUUAUGCUAUGAACGCGCGUAUGUGGUACUGCCACCACUUGUGGAAUGGCUGCGCGUUGCCUCGGCGCAUGCGGAAUAUCGUCAUGCGGUUAUGAUCGACAAGGAUGAUAUCAUGCAAGCGGCGCGCCUUCUACUGCCUGGCGUUGAUUGCCCUAUGCGGCCAAUUGGCCACGAUGAGGAAUUACCUACGAAAAAAAUACACUUUUCACAUCCAGGUGCUACUACACCGAUCGCUUCGAGCAUCAGUGAAGACACCACUGAGUUAGGUAAGCGCGCCACCAUUACACUGGCCUUUAAGCUCAUGCUAACUGGACGAGCGGAGUUGCUGGCCCAGGCUGCUAACUUGCUGCCGCCCACUACGCGUUAUGAUACGCUCAACCAUGCAGGACUAACGGCGCUAAUGAUUGCCGCUAUACGUAAUGACGAGGUGGCAAUACACGCGCUUCUCGACGCGGGGUGCGAUCCAAACGUGGAGGUGCCACCAGUCGCGCAGUCGAGUUUUCCAGGCAUACAUCCAGACACGCAAUAUUGGACAGCGGUAACAUUCGCCGCGAGUCGUGCCAACUAUCUAGCGCUGCGCUUAUUGCUGGAGAGAGGAGGUAAAGUAGAAGGUGGCGCGCGCCUGAGCGAAGAAAAGCCGACGCUAACACCUCUGCAAGUGGCUUGCGGAUCCGGAAAUGUUGAAGUUAUUUCACUGCUGUUAGCACAUGGCGCUAACGCUUUUCUCUCUACGCAACAGAAAGACACUAUGUGUUUUGCCGGUGGUUCAGCGCAGAGAGGCUCCUACUGCGCCAUAUCUGUGGCAGCAGCGCAUGGCCAACGCGCUUGUCUGCGGAAGCUUCUCUCUCAUCCAAUGUCACCGGGCAGCAAGGAUGUGCUUUCUCUCGAAGAAAUGCUAGCCGAAGGAGAGCCAGUGGGCAAUGGCGCGCGAGGAGGUGGAGCGGCAAGUAUUGCAAACUCGGCGGGUGAACGCAUAAGCGCUGACCUGCCGCUCACGUUAAACAAAACGCAAAUCAAAAGCUUGCAAGAGGCAAUGUACCAUAGUGCCGAGAAUAAUCAUUUAGAUAUUACUAUAGAACUCCGCACCUUGGGCGUGCCUUGGACGUUGCAUUGCUGGAUGCACGCGUUGGCGGCAGCGCACGAGUUGCGCUUGGAUGCAGUGAUCGACCAACUACUGCAAGACUUCCUGCAGGUCUGCCCAGAUGAUUACAGUGCGCAAUUUGUGAGCGAAUGCCUGCCACUGCUCUUCAACAUAUUCCGCUACAGCAAAAAUGAGGGCACAACACUGCUGCUGGCUGACAUCUUCGCCACCUGCUUUGGUUGGGAGACCAUCAAGUCAAUAAAAGAGCCAAUACUGCAGUCGGUGAACAGCUCACGAAUCGACCCUAAAUUUGUGAAUAAUCCAGAGCUGAGUGAUGUGACUUUCAGAGUGGAAGGCAAAAUUUUCUAUGGCCACAAAAUAGUGCUCGUCACCGCCUCGCCGCGUUUCCAGAGCAUGCUCAGCUCUAAGCUGAGUGAGGGAAACACGCCCACGGUGCAGAUCAACGACAUACGUUACCACAUCUUCCAACUGGUCAUGCAUUAUCUGUACAGCGGUGGCUGUGCCACACUGGAGGUCAGCAAUACCGACGUUUUGGAGCUGAUGGCGGCGGCGAGCUUCUUUCAAUUGGAAGGUCUCUUGCGCUAUACCGAGUCACGCUGCUCUGAGAUGAUCGACAUCGACAAUGUGGUGGCCAUGUACAUUCAUGCGAAGGUCUACAAUGCCAACAAACUGCUCGAAUACUGCCAAGGCUUCUUGCUGCAAAACAUGGUCGCACUCUUGACCUACGACGACUCUGUCAAGCGUCUGCUCUUCGCCAAAAAGAUACCCAAUCACGACGUGCUCUCGGGCCUGCUGCAUACGCUGCAACAACGCAUCAAGCAGCGCAAGCCCAUUGGCGUGGGCAAUUUCCGUCAACAGCUCAGCUCUCCGCCACCAGGCAGUGGCGCAGGCACUCAUCUGAUUAGUACCAACGUGGGCAAUAGCUGCGGCGGCAGUCUGGGGGCUGCUAAGAAAUAAAUUAACACAUUUUCAAUGUAACAUAUUUAAAUUUUUUUAAAUUUAACGGAUUGCAAAUAUUUGCUAUGUAGGUUAAAAUUUGUUUGACAUAGUGAAAAUCGAUUGCUUGAAAUUCGAGUUGCAAAUUGGUUAUAAAAGUUAUAGCUACCAGUUAAUAUAGUAUAUGCAUCACAUACAUAUAAAUAGUUUAUUAGCGUAUUUUUCUUCGAAAAUUUCAAUAAAAAAAUGUUCUUCCACGAAUGCAAUUCACCUAACGAGGAAAGCUGGAGCGAAGAUUUUCAGAAGGCGGCCGCCUUCUUUGCGCAACGAAUACUAGCUGCCUUAGGUUUAAAACGUAUUUACUUACAUUAAUAUAUAUUAAUUAUACACAUUUGUAUUUACAUACAUAUAUGUUUUUGUUGUUUCUUCCGAUGCACUUUGUUUAUAGAUUACGCCACAAAUACAAAAAGUUAGUACUAAGACUUUUCGCUUCGUCUACUUCGUCGUACGCAUCUUUGUUCAUAGUUUCUAGCGAAAUUUAGAAGCAAUCUUUUAUGUAUAAUUAGUAAAC